CUCCCACCUCCAGUCCUUCAAUGCCCCAUUCAUAGCACAAUGCGGCUCCAAGCGGCCCUUUUUAUCGCCGCGUGCUUGUCGCCCGCGGCGGCCAUCUAUUCUGAUGAAGUCAAUCAUAUUGAAUUCCACCAUGCCCUCCUCGGCGCCCCUUCCCCCGACUCGACCUUCUUCUUGAAGCCUUCCUCCUCCUCGAACGCCUCUCUCCUCUACACGAUCUCCGAGAAGUCGAUUGUCGGCGCCGUGAACCCUCGUGACGGCUCGCUGAUCUGGCGCCAGGAUAUCUCGCGCCCUGGGUCUGCUCCCAGCGGGGCCGGUAUCCUGCGUGGCCUGGAUGGCAACAACGCUGUUGUUGGUGCAGCAGGUGACUCCAUCUCGUCAUGGAGUGCCCAGGACGGAAAAUUGAUUUGGGAGAACCGGUUUGCCGAUGGCGCGGUGGCAGACCUCGAGCUGUUGGAGCUGGAGGAUGCCAGUGCUACCUCUGGCUCGAGGGAUACCAUCGUGCUCACCUCCGGCGAGGGCGCCGGAGUUGUGAGGCGAUUGGACGGUGAUUCUGGCAAGACCAAAUGGGAACACAAGGAUAACAGUGGUGAUGUUCCGUUCCAGGUGUCAUCUUCGCCCUCGGAGAUCUUCUACAUCUCGCUCCAGUCUGCAAUGUUGAAGGGCUACAAAAUCAAGGUCACCUCACUGGACCCGAUUACAGGUCGCCAGAAUCGCCAGGUGACCUUGAACACCGAGAGCGAUAUUGCAUCCCAGGAUUCAAUUUUCUUCGUCGGCGCUAACACCGCAUCGCCCUUGAUCGUCUGGGCUGACAAGUCGUUCAAGUCCCUGAAGGUCAACGUCAUCGGCACCAAGCAGAUCAACACCAUCCCCAUCGAUAACGCCUCUGGCCAGGAGGUUCAGCAGAUCACGGUCCAUGCUCCGCACAGGCUCAAUUCGCUCGCACAUUUCCUGAUUCACUACAAGACUGAGACUGGAGCCUGGGCAGAGGUCUUCCACACUGAUAUGAAGUCUUCUGUUGUCACAAAGGCCUACCAGCUGCCCUACUUGCAAGGCCAGUCUGUGGUGGCGACCAACAACAUUAAUGCCAACGUGUACUUCACUCGGGUGACAGACUCGGAAGCUGUUGUCGUCUCCUCCGCAUCCCACGGAAUUCUGGGUCGCUGGAACGCAGAUGUGUCCUCUACCGACCGUGCCGUCCACGCAGUUGCAGAUGUUGUGACCAAGGGCAAGUCCGUCGCUGUCCGGUCUGCCGUCAUCCGCAAGUCUGGAGACUGGUCGUUGAUCCGCAAUGGUCAGACCGAGUGGACCCGCCCCGAGGCUCUGAUUCACACCGUUGCUGCUGCUUGGGUGGAAGAAGAAGAUCAGGAGGACUUGGUCCAUGAAUUGGAGGUUGAGGGCCACGAGAGUCUGAUUGGUGCCUACAUCCAUCGGGUGAAGCGCCACCUUCGUGAUCUUCAGCACCUGCCCGACUGGCUGAAGGAACUGCCUAAGCGCAUUAUCACCAGUAUCUUGACCGACGAAGUGUCCAACCUUGACAGCUUCGGCGUUGCCAAGUCAAUCAUUGUAGCCACCAAGAAAGGACGUGUUUAUGCCCUAGAUACUGGUCGCCAGGGUACUAUCAAGUGGAGUGUUCAGGCGGAGAAGACCUCGCACUGGGACAUCAAGGCUAUCUUGACCAUCCCUGGAUCCGCAGAUAUCUACAUCGGCGAUGGUAGCUCGGUCCGUGUCAAUAGCUCCACGGGAGAAAUUAUCUCACGCUCUGCACCCACCAACGUCAAGCUCCAGUCGAUUGCCACCUUUGAGCACCAAGUGGGCUCAUCGGUGGUCCGGGUUGGCUCCCUGGGCAUUCAAGAGGAUGGCUCUCCUGUCUCUUUGUUCGACGAUAUCACUGGCUUCUUGGUCACCACCAGCAAUGAUGGCCGUGUUCUCGGCUGGGUUGAGAAGGAUAACAAGUCUCCUGUGUGGGAGUUUGUUCCCCCCGCGGGCCAAAAGGUUAUCAAGGCUGUGAGCCGCCCUUCGCAUGAUCCUGUUGCCUCGAUUGGAAAGGUGCUCGGUGAUCGCUCUGUCCUGUACAAGUAUCUCAACCAGAAUCUGGUGCUGGUGACUGCUGUGAACGAGCAGGUUCACACCGCUGGCUUCUAUCUGCUUGACGGCGUCUCGGGCAAGGUCCUGUACUCUGUGAGCCGAUCCGGCGUCGACCCAACCCAGCCCAUUGCUUCCGCCAUCUCUGAGAACUGGUUCGCCUACUCGUUCUUCGGCGAUGCCGUCGACGAGUCCUCCGCCAAGGGCUACCAGCUCGUAGUCUCGGAGCUCUACGAAUCCCCCAUCGCCAAUGACCGUGGUCCCCUGGACGCGGCAGGAAACUACUCCAGUCUUCAUGAUCUCCCGCUUCCCCACGUCGUCUCCCAGUCCUUUGUCAUUGCCGAGCCUAUCUCCCACAUGGCUGUCACUCAGACUCGCCAGGGUAUCACCACCCGCCAGCUCCUCUGCGUUCUGCCGUCCUCCAAUGCCAUCGUUGGUAUCCCCCGUCCUGUCCUGGACCCUCGUCGCCCCGUCGAUCGGGACCCUACCUCCGCCGAGGCGGAAGAGGGCUUGUUCCGGUACGCGCCGUACCUGGAUUUCGAUGGCAAGUGGUACCUCACCCACUCUCGCGAUGUCGCUGGCAUUCAGACUGUCCUUUCUCGCCCCACCCAGCUUGAGAGUACCAGCCUGAUCUUUGCCUUCGGAGGUGAUAUCUAUGGCACCCGCGCCACCCCCAGUCAAGCCUUUGAUAUUCUUGGCAAGAGUUUCUCCAAGUUGCAGCUUGUCUUGACUGUGGUGGCUUUGGCCGCUGGUGUCGCUUUCUUGGCCCCGAUGACUCGGAAAAAGCAGGUCAACAUGUUGUGGAAGGCCACUUAGUCUAUCCCCGAAGGCUGGGGGAUGCAUAUAAUGGAUCUGCUUUUAAGACUGUAAUCUAUAUUUCUUUAGAAAUGAUAAAUUUGGC